UAUUAUGUGCAACUACUUCAUACAAGCUAAAACAUGUAAAUUAAAUUAAUUAUAAUAUAAUAUAACAUAAUAUAUUUUAAUAAUUUUUCUAAUUUAAUUGAACUCACAAAGAGUUCAAAGUGUGAAGGAAGGAGGGGGCAGAGGGUUUAGAAAGAGGAGGAGAGAAAGGAGGAGGAGGAGGAGGAGGAAGAGGAGGAGUUGCAGAUGGAGGAAGAGGAGGCGUCCUGCUCGUCUCUGUCUGUCCAGAGGAGAGGAGCGGCCGCCAUGUUAACCAAGAAGCCCGGAGCCUCGGUCCUUCCGACGGGCAAAGUGGGCGAGCCGGUCUACUCUCCUGGUCACAGCGGCUCUCAGACAACGUCACCCGUCGCCCUGCCGCCACUUCGCAACAACAACCACAACCCCCUGACGGGAGGCUCUAAAGCCGCCAUGUCGGACGGCGUCCAGCUAUCGUCGCAGGUCCACGUCACCCAGCUGUACGAGGAGAACACCAACAAGCGUCCGGUCCUGACCUCCCAGCCCAACGGCCUGGCUCCUCUCAGCUCCACCCGGCCGGGCCUCCCGCUGCCGGACCGACAGACCUCGGCGCCGGAUCCCGCCCACCACUGCCGCCAGAGCAGCGCCGCCUCCAACAAGUCCACGGACACCAAGCCAAAGCCCACGCCCCUGUCCCCCGAUCAGGCCAUGAAGCAGUUCAUGUCCAAAUUGUCCUCGUUUGAGCAUCACGAGGUGUUCAACUACCCCGAGGUGUUUUUUGUUGGUCAGAAUGCAAAGAAGAGGUCAGGGGUCAUAGGUGGAGCCAACAACGGCGGCUAUGACGAUGAUCAGGGGUCCUACAUCCACGUCCCACAUGACCACAUCGCCUACCGCUACGAAGUCCUUAAGGUCAUCGGCAAGGGCAGCUUUGGACAGGUGGUGAAGGCCUACGACCACAAGUGUCAGACCCACGUAGCUCUGAAGAUGGUCCGCAACGAGAAGCGCUUCCACCGUCAGGCGGCCGAGGAGAUCCGCAUCCUGGAGCACCUGAGGAAGCAGGACAAGGACUCCAACAUGAACGUCAUCCACAUGCUGGAGAACUUCACCUUCCGGAACCACAUCUGCAUGACCUUCGAGCUGCUCAGCAUGAACCUGUACGAGCUCAUCAAGAAGAAUAAGUUCCAGGGCUUCAGCCUCCCGCUGGUCAGGAAGUUCGCCCACUCCAUCCUCCAGUGUCUGGACUCGCUGCACAAAAACCGCAUCAUCCACUGCGACCUCAAGCCUGAGAACAUUUUACUGAAGCAGCAGGGACGCAGCGGCAUCAAGGUCAUAGAUUUUGGUUCCAGCUGUUACGAACAUCAGAGAGUCUACACCUACAUUCAGUCCAGGUUCUACCGAGCGCCGGAGGUUAUUCUAGGCUCCAGGUAUGGGAUGCCAAUCGACAUGUGGUCUCUGGGCUGCAUCCUGGCCGAGCUGCUGACCGGUUACCCCCUGUUACCGGGUGAAGACGAAGCCGACCAGCUGGCCUGCAUAAUCGAACUACUGGGCAUGCCCAGUCAGAAGGUCCUCGACGCCUCCAAGCGCGCGAAAAACUUUGUGUCGUCCAAAGGCUACCCGCGGUACUGCACCGUCACCACUCUGCCCGACGGCACCACGGCGCUGAACGGCGGUCGGUCCCGUCGAGGAAAGGUGCGAGGCCCGCCAGGUAGCAAGGACUGGAGCGCGGCGCUGAAGGGCUGCGAAGACCCCCUCUUUCUGGACUUCCUCAAACAGUGUCUGGAGUGGGACCCGGCGCUCAGGAUGACACCGAGCCAGGCGCUGCGCCACCUGUGGCUGAGGAGGCGACUGCCCAAGCCGCCCACAGGAACCACCACGGGGGAAAAGACCUCCUCGUCCAAACGGGUUACCACCACCACCGAUGGCAGCAUCACCUCCAUCUCUAAACUAGCCACCACCUCCUCAACCACCACUUCCUCCUCCUCCAAAACUAGAACUAACUUAGCAGCAAUCACUGACGCCAACGGAAACAUCCAGCCUAGGACAGUACUGCCCAAACUGGUCAGUUGAGAUUGAAUGCACCCCACUUGCUGUGGCCGGAAAAUGAAGGCUGUGCUCGUGAGCAACCAGCUGGAACUGAAUAAAACUGGUUUGUCCAGUUUGGGAGAGCAUUUGUUGUUUUUUUCCAGCGUUGUUGGGGUGCGUUCAGGAUUAAUACAGCCAUGGAAACUUAAUGUUUUUAACGUUAAAACGUGCAGAGUGCCGCGGCUGGAAUAUAAGCCGAACUGAAGGAAACCUGAUUGGUAAAGUGGGGUGCGUUCAGACGCCUCAAAGUCUCAGUCCUGUCUGAAAAGACAAGUUUUACAUUUUUGAGCAGCAAGACAGGAAGCAGCCAUGUUUUUGAAGCGAGCGUGGCGCUGCUCAGACAAUCAGAACACGUCUCACCACUCUGUAGCUCCAUACUCACAUCAAACACAUCAAAAACAUGGUGCUGAUGGAGGGAACAAGGCUUCUUUUUUGAAUGAUUUUCGCACAGAAUCUAUUGAGCUUGAUUAAUUGAUUAUAAUCCAAAUACAUUGUAGGACUUUGGUGUUAUAAGGUUAUAUCUACAGACAUCUGACGUUUACCUGACGAUUAGGUCUGAUAUGUCCUUAUAAUGCUAAAGCUACUAAUGUGCAGCAUCUUUGUUUCAUCUCUAUGAAACGACUAAACUUUGAGUUGCAUUUCAGUUUGUGGGACGUUGGUGGGCAUUUGUCAAUAUUUCUGACUUGAAUAACACAAUCAAAGAUCCCAGAACCCCUACUGAACCAUCUACCUGUUAGCUGGCUAACCUCCUUAGCUAGCUUUUGUUUUACAGUGUGUGGCUAGCCUUUGCUGUCAUGCUAGCAUAGUGCCUGUCAGCUGGCUAAUUGUUAAGUGGCACUGGUUAGACAGCUAUUUGUUUGUGUUUAGCUGUCCUAUUUCUACCUGUAUACCAUGUAACUGGCUAGCAGUUAGCCUAGCAAUCUUUUGUAUCAGUCAGCUAGCUACAGCUGGCUCACUGUUUGCCUUUUUUGGCAGUCUGGUGGCUAGCCUUAGCCUCUUUUAGCCAUAGCUUUGUUAGCUCUCCACUGCCCAGCCUUACAAAGCACAGACAGAAUGACAAAAUGAUUUUAGUUUCUUCAGUCUAGCGUUUUAACAUUUUUAUUUUUGUGUUUUUAGGGUUAGUUGAGCAACUAAACAGAUGAAGGACACAAGAUAUCCGAAAAGAAGGAUGUUUGAGAUAACAAGCACCAUUUUGUUCCCUUUUAAAUGCACAAAAUCGAAUUAUUAAGGACACAAAAUGGCCAUUAAAGGAGCAGUGAACACAGAGAAGGUCGACUGAAGGUGGUUUUAUGGACAAGUUAUAAAUGACAUUAAAAUCAAAGGGCUCUGAAAUUAUAAAAGAAAAAAAAAAAACAGCCACUUGAACAACACUUUUCAUCCAAACAGCAAACACUGCUGAGACUAAUUCAAUUCCAGACACCAGAAUAACGUCACUAAAUGAAGGAAUAUUUUGUUUUGGUCUUCGUUAAAUUUAGAAGACAAACAGCUGGAUGUUUUUUUUUUAACUUCAGGCUUUUAUUAAAAGACAAUUUUAGGAGCUCAGCUGUUACCAAGUCGAUAUAUAAAAACAUUUCUGUGCUAAUUUGGGACAUAUGCAUGGUUGAGAUUUGUAGGGUAGGGUUCAUGUAGUCAGCCAGUGAAUUCGUGGUUGUUUGAAAUCAGUUCAACGUUAAAAGUUAGAUCUAACCGUCUCCAUUGGGUUGAAAGAGAUUUUAACAGGUUGUCUUUCCUCCUACUGCCGAAAAACAAUGGAUUAAUCCUAGAAGGGGCUUUUUAGUAACACCAGCAACUGUACAGCCAAUGAGAAUUUGGUUGGAUCAAAGUGUAUCGAGAUAUAGAUAUCUAGAUAGGUAUUUUGGAGAUGUACACAUAAUCUCCAGUUUUAAUCCAAGUUCUUCCUCAAAACACUAAAACCUUCUCAAACAAUUAAGGCUCUAAAAAGACUAAGAAUAUCACUUAACGGGCUCAGUCUCACCAGUUUGUUGGGCUAGUUGCUAUUUAUGAGAAAUAAAAAAAAUACUUGUACUUGCUGCUGUUACCUCAAUAGUAAAUCAACAAAUGGUGGCACCAGUUCUCCAGUCGCAUUCUAUUACACUUUCAGGACAAGAGGUUUUAAACAAUGUCAAUUAAUUGGCUUUUACACCAUUAAAUCAAAAAUAAGAUCCGUUUUCCCCAAUUUGAAAGUUAACACGACCAAAUUGAGUUUAUUUAAGAUAAGCAUUGGCUUAUUUACUUAUCAUGUUAGAACUAAAAGGCUUUUUAUGUUUAGCUGAAGAAGCUAAUGGGCUGUUUCAGAAUUUGAUCACUUCCUGGUGUGACUGAGCUCCUCUCACCAUUCAAUUAUUUAUUCGUUAUCAAACUAUUCCAGAGCUGAAUUAUAGAGAAUAGCUACGAUGGUGUGUAGAAGAAGUAGUUUGAAAAUCUGUGAUCGAACUGAUUCAGUAUUGGGAGGCGGAUCCAUCGGUGUGAUCAGGGAGGAGCUGGGGUUUGUCAGACGGGUUGUGAGAAGAUGCUUUUUAUUUAUUUGCUACACUUUAAUAUUUAUUAAUCUAAGCUACAUAUUUACUACGAUGUGCAGUUCAUACUGUAUACUUGAACGUGUGUGUGUUGUAUGUCGCAGUGUGUGUGUGUGCAAUGUGGACGUCAUGAGAGGUUUUCUUAGAGCUUUCUUUCCCCCCUUCACGAAUCAAACACGCAUAUUUAUACAAAAAAGACACAAAAACUGAAUCUGAACGCACUCUGAAAAUGGAGUCCUGUUAGGGAGGAGGAGGAUGGAGGAUGGAGGAGGACGAUGGGGACGCAAUGUAGCGCGGAACUAAACGACGGGCAGAAGGAACUGAGGAUGAUGAUGAUGACACUACCUGCUCCGCCCAUCUCAGGGGAAGCCCCGCCCCCCUCAAAGGAGGAGGAAGUGGAAAUGGGGAAGGGGAGGUCCUCUCUGAUGUUUUUUUGUUUUUUGUCUGAGGAUUUGAUUGGUUUGGUUGUUUGUUUUUUAAUUUUUUAAAGCAUUUUUUUAGUGAGACAGAGCUGAGAGUCGUAACUUUGUGCCUUCAGUAUCUCAUCGCCAUGCCACGCCCACCCAACACACACACACACACACACACACACACACAUUUAAGUGGCAAAAGAUGCCACAGUAACUUCACUUCAUAUAUUUAAGUGUUAGGAAGUCAUUUUUUUAUCCUCUGGUGCAGUUAAACGCCCCCAAACACCGGAACCCGUGUUAACCUUUGACCUCAAACCUCAAACCUAGCUGUAGAGGAUCCAAACUCUAGUUUCAAUAAAACUAAAUGUACACUCGGAUAUUGAACGUAGCCACUAAAAGGUUUUUUUUGCAUCAUUCAGAAUUUCUUUACAUUUCUGCUUAAAAAUGACUCAAAACAUCAGCAGAAUUUCUCAAAGGCUCUGAAAGUAAAACAAAGAGAACCCAAUCAAACACAUGGAACAGAGACACUACACUUAUUUAUCCACAAUAACAUAGGCAAUGUUACACGAGUUAAUUUUGAGGCUGAAAUUGGAGUCAUAUCUGUUGUAGACAGUGUAAUGAGACUCAGGUGUUGUUUAGUUUUGCACAAAUAGAGGACGACUGUUACUCUUUAUUUAUGUUCAGGAAGUCAAAGUCCAGACUUUUAUCCAAUAGAGAUGUUGUGGAAGGACCUGAAGCAUCAAUUCAUGUGAGGAACCAACAUCUCAGCAACUGAUCAACAGUUACCAGAAACAUUUAGUUACAAGGAGCUCACAGCAGAUACUGGAAACAAUGGUCAACUUACUCACAGAUGUGUAAUAUUGGCUCAUUUUAUAAAAUAUUUAAUUCGUUUGAUGUGGUUCUCUUUUUGUACCAUUUUGAGUCAUUUUUUUCUGUAGAAAUCCAAAAAUUCUUGGUGAUUGCAAAGAAAUCUCAAGCGUCGCUGUGUUUAGGUGCUUCCACCAACGUAGGACCAAUUCGGUUGGGUUUCCUCAGUCAUACAGCUCAGAUUUUAUAUCCAAAAAGAGUUUAAAAAGGCAACUGGACUUGUCUAGUUUAGAGAAGACGUUUGAGCCCCCCCGCCCUCAACUACAGGUCAGUAUCUGGCCAUUAAUGGAAUUUAAUUGCACCAGUUUCAGAUGGUUUUACCAACAGAGUUUCCAAAACCUUGAACUUCCCUCCAGUCCCUUAGAACUGAAGAAGCUUCUAAGAUGAAACGUCCAGUUGCUUUUUUCUUUUUUAAACUCUUUUUGGAUACUUCCUGAACCUGAUUUAUAGUAAAUACAUUUGGAACCUAUUUUUAAUUUUUAAUUCAUUCAUUCACUCCCUUCCAGUUCAGCUCCAUCCAUUUUGUUGUUCUUUUUCCGAUGCAUCGACCACCGACUGUAGCUUUAAACUGAUCAGCACUGACAUCUACACAUAUCGGUUUGUGUCCAUUUCUGUGUGUGUGUUUGUGUGUCAUAAACAGGGGGGUGUUGUGUAACGUGGCUGCACAAUGUACAGACACAUAUCAGCCAACUGCCGCCUUGGGCCAGACGCCUGAUAGCGACAGGGCUAAGCUAACACUAGCCGUUUGACUGCUAGCGUCCCGGCGCUAGCUACUGCACUGAUGUUUGUUUUCUCUACGGUGAAGCUAACACUAGCCUCCUGCUAAAUGAAUGCCAGUAGCCAAUAGCAAGUUCAUACCUGCUAGCUACAGUUGUGCUGAGCUCCUCGCAGUUCACGUGCGCUGUUAGCUUUAGCGGUAAUGUGGUUUUGAAGCGUUCUUUUUUCAUAUUGGUACCUCAGAUUGCUCAGUUAUUAUUAUUAACUGUUGUCAUAGUUGUGACUAAAGUCGUAAUGUAUACUACUGCGCAGGGCUACGCUAGGACCUUAUGCCAGUAUGAGACAUUUACACUUGUACCUCGUCAGUCUGGUUCGCUCUGUAACAACUCCACCCAAACACUAGCCGGCGUGGUGUCUUUUUUUGCCAUUCACGUUCAUUUUUGUUUCUUCUUCCUGCUUCACUUUUAGCAAAAGUGACUGAAACUUUCGCCGAAAAUUUACUUUACAGAUUCUUUACUGAUUCAAAACAAUCAAUGUGAAAAUUGCAAAGAUAGAGAAGCAGCGGAAAAAUUAAAGAGGAAACGCGCUAGUAUCAAGCGGACCAAUCAGUGCACAGUAGUUCCUAUAUCCUACACAGAUAUUGACAUGAUCGAUAUUUUGAUGUCUAGAUCCGAAGGAUCGAUAUAUCGAUAUAUCGUGAUCCACAUCCCGACCGUGCAGCGCCUUAACACAUUCAGCGCAGUAGUAUAAAUUACGCGUAACACCCAGGGCAUUUGGUUGAAUCUACCAAAGUGCAUUCCUUUUACAAAGCUAGCCAAGAGCUAGCGGCUGAAACAGACACACAAGUAGACGGAAAAUACAAGAGAACGCAAAGAGCAAGUGAACAGGAAGGCGAUCGUGGGAGAAGCAGCAGAUGCCUUUCAGACGUGGAGGAGGGAAACAGAACACGUGAUGAUUAUGAUGAUGUUGUGUUUUUUUUAAAAAAAGGUUUGCAGCAGGAACAUAACGUCUGGUUUUAACUGACCUCUCGGUAGCAUUCAGAAAAAAAAAAAGCGAUUUUCAUGUGUGAGAACGGCUGUAGCCUAGCUAGUCGGUUAGCCUACUAGCUCACUCAGCUUCCCCCGGGAGGUCUCUGCAGCCAGGGGUUAGCAGCUGUUAGCAUUAGCAUUUCUGUGAUGUUUUUGCCAGCUGGGUGUCAUUGUGGAUUUUAUCUGUAAAUAAUGUGCAAAGUGUUUGAAUAAUACUUUUUUUGGGGGGGUUGGGGGGGGGGGGGUGCUGUGCCACGUUGAGGCCAGUUUUACAACGUACUGUAUCUACUGUACAGAACACAGAAGUUGACACUUUUCUAGUGAGCCUUUGUUAAGAUUUAUUGUGGUGGAAAAAUAUUAUUAAUAAAACAGUUUUAUUGUUCA